AUUAUUGUUUUUACGUUAUGAACGCGGUACAGGGUGUCAAUCGUUAAUUUUGCUUUUAUGUAAAUCAUCGCGAUGAAUGUGUACACCGAAUGUGUACACAAGAGGCGCUUUGGGCGGUCUCCUGGCCAUGCUUCACGUGUACUUUACAACUUGUUUUUCAUACCAUAACCUCAAAAACGACGCGAUAGACACCGUUUACCGGCAUUUUUCAUGUAAAAUACACUGGAAAAAAAGUAUCACGAGGAUCAAUUGGUCGUCAAGAGGUUGUGAAUACUGCCAAACAGUUUCAAAUCAAAGAAAGGAUCAAGUGUCUAAGGAGACUCGAAUGAAAUUUAUAAAAAGAUGAAAAACUCUAGAGAGGUUGUAGUGACAAGCGAUAGUUCUGGUGAAUCAUGGAGCGCAGCUGUAUGGGACCCUUUCACAGGAUCUUUACUGUCGACGUACAGAAAUGCGGCAGCUUUAGGACACCACACUCUUCAAAUAGUUGGAGACACGUUUGUCAUAGCUGCGGAUGUCACAAAGCCUCGCUUACACGUGUGGCCCCUGAAUAGUCAAUCUCCGGUGCCUAAUCUACGUCUGACGACUACAGGAAAAGUAAGCGCACUUGCGUGUACUCCGGAUGGUUCUUACAUCGCCGUAGCUAGCGGAGAAAAAAUUUUCAUCUGGCAGUUAACGAGUGGGAGAUUGCUGGGCAAGACAGCUAGACAUUAUCAGACAGUGACUUGUCUGAAGUUUGGUAAAGACGGUGCAAAUUUUGCAAGUGGCGGAGAAGACGGUCUCGUGUUUGUUUGGUCGUUGACAAGAAUUGCCAAUCAGCACGAACAAUCAGCACCGAUCCACAGUUUUUCUGACCAUUCUCUACCUGUUAAGGACUUGCAUUAUGGACAUUUUACUGCAAAUGCCAGAUUAAUCUCUGUAUCAUUGGAUCGUACAGCUCGAAUUUACGACACCAAUGCAGGCACGCUGUUGCUCACUCUGAUCUUCGAUGUUCCGCUGACUUCUGUGUGCACAGAUUUGUGCGAAAACGACCUUUAUGUUGGAUCUUCCAAUGGUUUGAUCAUGCGCUUCAACCUGCGUGAUCCACCCCGUGGCAUCGAAUACCAUGUGCCUGCUAGUUCGACUUCAGAGAAAUCGGAUAAUCCUGCCUAUCGUGGACACACUGGAGGCAUUACUGCGCUCUCCGUAUCCAGCGACUGUCGAACCCUUUUAUCCGGAUCAGCUGAUUGUUCUGUCAAUUUUUGGGACAUUCCCAGUCGACAAGUGAUCCGAACAUUGAACCACAAAGGGUCUAUUACAACUGCGGCUUUUGUACCGGCAUACGAAAAUUUUCGCGCGUCUACGCUUCGCCCGAAAAUUCAGAUACAUCCACUGCACAGGAUCUUCGAUGAGAGUGGCGCAGACAGUCUGCUUGAGAUUAUCAGCUCCCGAGAUGACUCCGAACUUUUGAAUCUCGAUGCUUAUUUGGACCGUAAUUACGAUGCUCAAGCUACCGGAAGCGAUGCUUGUCACGCCCUUGCCGAGGCUAGAAACGAAAUUGAGACACUUAAAGCUAAAAACUCCGAGCUCUAUAAAUACGCGGUCAAAGUUUUGAUCUCGAAAGAAGCGACGAAAAAGACUGAAUGAUUACCAAGUCUUUUCAUUGUUUUGUUAUUUUUUGGUAGAACUUAAGUAUUCGUUUUUUUCAUCGAAUUUUAUAGUCCUAUUCGAGCUAUUCUCGUGCCGAAUGAUUGAAUGAAUAAAGUUUACAGUUUUUUCGACACGAUA